AUGGCCAAGAAUGACGCUGUAAUUCAAAGCCAGGUAGCAUCUCUUCGGAAUCUUGAAGUUCAAUUGGGGCAAUUGGCCAAUGAUUUGAGGAAUAAACCACAAGGCACCUUGCCUAGUGACACCGAAAAUCCAAGAAGAGAUGGCGAGGAACAUUGCAAAGCGGUAACCUUGAAAAGUGGAAAAAUAAUUGAGUCAAAUCUGGCUGCAACAGGCAGUAAAGAGCCCUCUUCAAUCCAAAAAGAGGGGGAAAUGAAGAAAAAACCAGCAACUUCAGCUGCUGAAAUUCCCCCAGUAGUUACAGCAUCCAGUCAGCAUUCUGCUGCAAAAAAGUCUUUGCAAAAGCCACCUCUACCAUUUCCUCAACGGUUCAAGAAGCAACAAGAUGAUGGUCAAUUCCGGAGAUUCCUUGAUGUUUUAAAGCAGCUCCACAUCAAUAUACCAUUAGUGGAAGCUUUAGAGCAAAUGCCAACCUAUGUGAAGUUUUUAAAGGAUAUUUUGACAAAGAAAAGGAGGCUUGGGGAGUUUGAAACUGUCGCUUUGACGGAGGGCUGUAGUGCCAUGUUGAAAAGUAAAAUCCCACCCAAAUUGAAAGAUCCGGGCAGCUUUACAAUUCCAAUUUCUAUUGGGGGUAGAGAUGUUGGAAGAGCUCUUUGUGACUUGGGAGCUAGUAUUAAUCUCAUGCCUAUGUCUACUUUUAGAAAGUUGGGAAUUGGAGAAGCGAGGCCAACCACCGUUACUUUGAAAUUAGCGGAUCGUUCCAUGGCUCAUCCGGAAGGAAAAAUUGAAGAUGUGUUGGUGCAAGUGGAUAAAUUCAUUUUUCCGGUUGACUUUAUCAUCCUCGACUAUGAGGCCGAUAGAGAAGUUCCGAUUAUUUUGGGACGGCCAUUCCUUGUUACCGGAAGAACCUUGAUUGAUGUACAAAAUGGGGAACUCACUAUGAGAGUGAAUGAUCAAAAAGUCACUUUUAAUGUGUUCAAUGCUAUGAGAUUCCCGGAUGAGAUUGAAGAAUGUUCACGUUUGAGUGUUAUUGAUUCUAUUGUGGCUGAAAGUUUUCACAAGAAAGUGUGGAAGGAUAAGAGGGUGAUAAGCUCUCUUGAAGAUCUUGAAGCUUUGAGUGAAGAUGAAGAAACCCAAGUUGCUUGGGUUGAGCCGAUGCAACCUUUCCCUAAAUUCAAGAGAUCUUUUGAGUCUUUAGAGUUGAAAGAAAGCAAUUUCAACCCUCCAAAGCCUUCCAUCCAAGAACCACCAAAAUUAGAGCUGAAACCUUUGCCAAGUCACCUCAAAUAG